CUCGCCUUGUCCCAAUCUUGUCCCGCAAUGGAUUAUGGCUGGCCACCACCGGACGCAGCCACAUUCUCUUGCAUUGUGCUGUUUCCAUGGCACCGUCUUGUGACCUCUUAUUGUCCUUGGUACAUUAAUGCGGUGUAGUGUGCCACUGCCGUUUCCUAUCUACCCGCAACCUGAGGUCCUGCACCACCACUGCCCUACUGCGACUACCAGUUCCCUAGCUUCGCUCUCCCGCUUCUGACCACGCUAUGUUGAUCGAUCAUUACAACCGUAUCCAGGCUCUGAUGAGCGUCGACCCCUUGGAUAAGCUUCGAGUAUACCUCUCGCAGGUGAUCCUCCCGCCCAUGAAGCUCGCACCCAAGGCGCCAGCAUUGCCACCUUCGGGCCAUCACUCGCAUAAGAAUGUGCUCUCCGUAACUCCUCAGCAUUACCGGGUGCUUGAGAAGAUGUAUCAGAUAGACUUUGCGUCGUUCAAGAAAGGUGCGAAGGAAGUUUUGAACAUGCACGUCACACAGGACAAGCUCCAGAUGCUCGACCCGGAAAACGUCGAGAAUGUAACGAUGCCUUGCCCUCCUAGCUUUCAAUUGCCAGCGCCUUCGCCCAAAAAGCCCACGAAUCUCGAACAGUUGUGCCGCUGGAUCUCUCUAUUUCCCCUUGACUCCGCCCAGGCAGUGAUGCACAACGUCUUCCCCCAAACGGAAGAUUGGACGUUCAGUCAGGUCAAGUCUGACAUCGACGAAGACAUAUUCCAGUCUUAUAUUUGGAGUCCGACCGCCACCGCUUCGGGCGUGACGGAUGGCCUGGGCUCGGUGACCGUAUUUGUACAACCUCCAUGGAUACUGUCACCGAAGGACUUUGAGUCCUUUGUGUCCUGCGAUGUCCUUCGUCGCGUCGAUGACUUCGCGCACAUGGACGAAGAUGAUAAGACCUACGCCUACACUAGCAAGGAGAGACUCUGGGCGAAGAUUUGGGACGAAUGUCAGCGCAACGGGUCCCACUACUUCGUCCUCACGACUUACUGGGGAUGGGUAUUUGGUGUGUUCACAGCAGGUCGAACUGUGGGACUGAUCUCGCAUGUCAUGAGCGAUAGUCAGUCAUUCCCAACAAUCUUGGAAAGCCUCGUCUAUUGGCUGUUGUCUGCCAUGGGUAUCAAGGGAGGCUGGGAAGUACCAGAGGUUGCCGAACCCUUUAACCCAUCGGUGCGAAACUUACCCGUGCCACGUCCUAGCCAAAGGAUCCACGCCGCACCAUCCGAGUCCGAGUUCUCGGCCCAUAGCAGUGCACGAGUCUCGCAAUCAGACGUCGAUGAUUUAGACGAACAACUGACUGUCGAACAAUAUCUCACGCAAGGGUACUCAGCGGGCGCGCUUCUAAACGUGAACCCAUUCGCACCACCGACACGCUAUCGAGGGGAGAGCAAUAGGGGUGUCCAGAAUUGGAUACCUUACGUCCGCGCGCCAUCGCCAUCACUGACCGAAGGCUCGGAGCUCUCCGCAUCGACCAUCAAGGACUACGGCGACCACGAGUUCGAGAACGGCCACUGGAUGACGCAGGAAGGGGGUGUGUCCAUGACCUCGCAAAUCCAUUACUCGUAACCACCUCCCAGCCCGGUAUCUAAUCUUACACUGGCAUUUCAUCCACCUCAUCUUGAUGUAUUGUAUGCAUGUACAUUCACUGUGAUCGACGUAGAUCGUGUAUCGUUCCCUUUCCACCUGGUCGAAGCAGAGUGUUCGGUUUCGCUGUAUAGAAUCGAUGUGUCGAGCAUCACAAUCAUAGAUGAGAUAGAGUACAUGCGUGUGGAUGUCCGAACGCUCUGGCAUCCAGGAAUCAAUGAAGUCCGGACUCCGGUGGACUCGGAGUUGGUCAACGUUA